UCAUUUCCUUCAAAUAUACCCCGUCAUUUGACCAUAUCCUGAAUUGUCUGCGAGGCGCCUGCGAGUUGAAGUACUCGUCGCAAUCUGACACCACAUUCCCUUCUACCCCCCACAUUCAAAGCCGUCGGCGCAUAACCCUCUCCAUCCCCGUUGAACGUCGUUUGAUUCGUUGCUAUGGCCGACGAUUACCCCGAAGAUAUCUUGGAGCAGCAGCCCAAUCCCGGCGGCGAUGUCGAGAUGGCUGAGGGCGCCGAGGACGAAGCUGCCGGUGACGAAGGAACAGUGCUCCCCUUCGCCGAGGGAGGCGAGUCGGAGCCGCGCACUACCUUCAUCAGCUACUUGACCAGCCCUGUCGUUACCUUGAUCGUUGGGAGCGCUGAGAAUGAAACUAUUCUUACUGCACACCAAGCCCUCUUGGUUCAGAGUCCCUUUUUCGCCGAUACAUGUGCCGCCUUUGCCGAUGACGGAAGUCCGCGACAAAUUGAGCUCUCUAAUGAUGAAAUUGAUGCCGUUGGCUGCUUCCUCGAGUACUUGUACACUGGCGAUUACUUCCCCAAGAAGCUGCCAGGCCAGCGCCUGCUCGAGCAGGAUCCCUCCCUGCCGGCCGUCGACGAAACCGGUGAACAGCUGCUCAAGCACGCGCGCGUGUAUACGAUAGCCGAGAAGUUCGGCGUAGAUAAACUGAAGAGCUUAGCGAGCAGCAAGAUCCACUGCGUCAAUUCGACUGCCAAGGGCGAGAUCACCUACGCUCGCUACAUUUACCAGUAUACCAGCAAAGACGAUACUACGGUCCGCGCACCGGUCGCAAACUUCUGGGCCACUCGCAGUCACACUCUUCGCGCCGAAGCCGAAGACGAGUUCCGCGCGCUUUGCUUGGAAUUCCCCCAGUUUGGAUACGAUAUACUUACUCGUGUUCUCGACGAGAAGCUCAAGCGCGAGCGAAACGAAAAGAUGACUCCUGGAACUGCAAGUGGACGCAAACGAGCUCGACACAGCAACAUCUAAAAAUGAUGCUACAUAAUAUAAGCCAUGCCAGUCCAAGAAAUUCACAUUUGAACAAAGAUAUGGGCUCGCUGCGUUAUACAUUGACGGUGGGUAUUGGUAUUGGUAUUGGUUGAGUUGGCGUUCUGAUCCCGCCACUCUUACUGCUUCACCCAACUUACAGCAACGAACAUGGAGUGGUAGCCUGUCAACUAGACAGCACAGGCUUGGUUGCUAUAGGGUGUGCUGUUUGUGCUUUGGAGUAUUAGGACGGUAGGAUAUUGGUGGAUAGUGUAUCAAUAGUGACCGGAGGCGUCGUUUUCAUGUUGGAAUUCCAAGCUCGGGAGAAGUUCUGCGUAAUCCCAUCCGCUAGCUCUUUGGAAUUCCAGUCGUACUAGACCUCUAUAGGGUUCACGUACAAAUUUGCUAGAAAAGGAACUACCCAUUCAGAAUCGUCUCGUUGACAGAAUAUCCUUGUGGCACUCCCAUCUUUCAUCUGACACAGUAUCCCCUAAAUUAUG